CUGUGCUGUACCUGCAAGUGAGUGCAAAUAAUGGAGUCAGAUAUCUAUUAUGUCAGUUUUGAAAACAGGGAUAUUGAGGGCAGAACUCUACCUCAAACACCAUGUCAAAGCCAGGAUGCAGGAAAAGCUAAAAAAGGCAGAGGAUGUGGAUGUUUGGUGUUGAUGGCGACUGCAGUGUGUUUCGUUUUGCUCAUUUGUGGUCUUCUGCUGGUCUUCGUCACACUGCAGCACAUCUCCAUCACAGCAGAAAAACACCUGUUCAAGACUUACAAGGACACAGUCCAAGUGUUUAAUCAGACGAACAACAGAUUACAUGACACUUACUCUGAUCUAAUGACUGAGAAUGACCAACUACAGGAGCAAUUCAACGACUUGAGUGAUGAACUAAAAAGAGUUUAUAAAAAAGGUUCAUUGUCAGGUUGGUUUUUCAUAACCGAUGUUUCAAAGAGCUGGUCUGAGAGCAGGCAGUACUGCAGGAAUCAAGGUGCUGAUCUGGUCAUGAUCAAAACUGAAGAGAAGCAGAGAUUCAUAACUUCAAUCAUCAGUGGUAAUGAAAGAGUGUGGAUUGGUUUGUCUGACACAUACCGAGAAGGCAAGAUGUAUUGGGUGGAAAGUUCACCACUGAAACAAGGGUAUUGGCAGAAAGAUCAACCAAAUGAUGAGGGCCUAAAUGAGGACUGCGUUGAACUGGUGUCUGCAUUUCCUGCUCUGAACAACUGGAAUGAUGCACAAUGCACAAACACCCAAAAAGCGAUUUGUGAGAAAUCUUUUAUUUAAUAAAAUCACAAUGUUGUUUACACAUUUUGAACUACAGUUUCUGCCUUUUAAAAUAAUGUGCUACUUUCAUUUUAUAUGAACGACUCUAUAUCAGUUUUGUUUCAUAAAUGUAUGCAAUGCAGAAAAUUAAGAGUGGUUAUCUAAAUGAAUGGAAUGUAAAAUUGUGAUUAUUUUCUUAUUGCUUUAAAAAUCUCACAACAUCCAGUUUCUCACAACGUGAAUUACGAUAAUGAUUGACACCAGACUUUUGAUGUAUUCAUGUCUUGCUCCAUCACAAUCACCUCUAUGUUAAUACCUAUGUUAAGCUUAUUCUAGCUGUUAUCAUGCAUCUCAAGUGCUGAGAUGAAAAUGCAGAAAUCUAAAGUGUCCCAUAUAGUAAUACCCUAUUUCAUUUUAUUAUUGUGAU